AUGAUUAUUCAAAUACCUGAUUUUAAAUUAGAAAAAAAUACAUGGUUAAAGUCAUUAGGAUUUCAUGGCCCAAUUACAUCACUUUUGUUUUUUAAUAAAUUUAUUUUGUUUGCAGGCCAAGGCCCAUAUAUUAAAAUUUAUGAUGUUAUACAAGGAUUACUUAUUCAUACAGUGAAGGUUUUUAAAAAAAAUCGAAUACAUGGAAUAGUAUAUGCCAAGAAAAACACAUUAAUUCUUUGGGGUGGUAAAGAUUUUUGUAUUGUUAAUUUAGAUGAUUUAUUCAAUAAUUAUGAUUUCGAUAUUCAUUAUACACUAGAUUGGAUUUUUGAUGCAAAACCGUCUUGUGAUAAAUUAUAUAUAUGGCUAGCAACAGCUCAUAAUAAAGUACAUCUUUAUGAUAUCCAAACAAAAUGUUAUAUUCAGACAUUUUCAUGCACAGAAAAUCCUCUUUUAUAUUCUUCAUGCCUCUAUAUUCAUUGUGAUGGCUCUGUUACUAUUGUUUCUGGAACAGUAUUUAAUGAAAUAUAUGUAUGGAAUAUUAAUAAUGUAGAAAUUGCAAAAAGAAAAGACUUAAUGAUACAAAUAACUCAUCGUUUAAGAGGGCAUGAAGGAAUAGUUUUUAAAAUUAAUUUUUCAAAAAAUGGAAAAUUGUUUUGUACCUGUUCAGAUGACAGAAGUAUUAGAGUAUGGGAUAUAAAUUCAGGAAAAUGCAAGGCUACUGGAUGGGGUCAUGAUUCUCGUAUAUGGGAUGUUAAAUUUAUUGGUAAUGAUGAGUCUAAACUUAUUAGUGUAUCAGAAGAUACUACUGCUAGAUUAUGGAGAAUAACUUCUGAAUCAGAAUUAGAACAGGAUUCUGUAUAUGAUGGCCAUGAAGGAAAAAAUAUAUGGUGUGUUUCUGUUUUUGAAAAUAUCUUUGCAACUGGUGGAAAUGACGGAAAAAUACGCCUCUGGGAGAUAAAUGAUAAAGAAAAAUUUCAGUAUUACAUAACUCCAUAUGAUAUUAAAAAUGCCCUCAGUUCAUUUAAUAGAUUAUACGAUAAUUUUCGAAGUUAUGUUUUAGUUAAUUCUUUUCAAAUUUUAAUUGUUUCUAUGUCUGGAAGGGUAUUAAUACAUAGUAUUAAAACAAAAAAAUCGAAUUAUUUAUUUUAUGAUUUAGAUCUUAUUGGUUUUUCUAAAGUUUCUCUUUGGUCUAAAACGGAUUUUGUGAAUAUUUCUGACAAAUUUGGCAAUAUAUACGUUUUAAAUAUUAAAAAUAAAUUAUCUACUUCAAAAUAUCAUAUAUGUGAUGAAAAAAUACAAUCAUUGUUUCCUAUAUCAUUUGGAGAUUCUCUAUAUCUCAUAACAGUUUCAGCAAUAUCCUUACGCAUUCAUUUUCAUUUGUUUAAAUAUAUUGAGUCUAGUUUUAUAUAUGAAAAAAACGAUAUUAUUUCAAUUGCUCCAGUGGAGUUAACUGCUGCUACAAUUGAUUUUAAAACAAAUUUAAUAUUUCUUGGGUUCAAGACAGGGCUUUUAAGUAUACAUCGUCUAGAAGAUUUUGGAAAAGGACUUUCUAGUAUUUAUUUAGUUGAAGAUUUAUAUAAAAAAAAUUCAUUAUCUACUAUUAUCCUUCAUCCACAUGAGAACACUUUAUUAAAUAAAAAAUUAGAAAUAACAACAAUUGGGCGUGAUUGGGUAUAUUAUAUAUUGGAAUUAACUAUUCAUAAUGGUUAUAAUAAUGAUAAUAAAAUAUCUAUUGAAAAAAGACAUCAGGGAAAAUGUAAUAAGCAUGGAAUAGAAGGAGGUUUUUAUUUAAAAGGAGAUUUAAUACUUUAUGGUUUUAAAAAGCUUAGAUUUUCCAUAUGGAAUCAGUCAAAAGGAUUUCGUAUAUUUUCAGUGAUAUGUGGUGGAUCUCAUAGACAUUGGUCUAUAUAUUUUUCCUGUUCAGAAAAAAAUGGAAAUUCAGUAUUUAUUUUUACUAGAUCAAAUUCUAUUAUUGUUUGCAACUUUCUUUUAUUAUUCCCUUUUCAAAACUUCCAAAAAACAAUACUUCAAGGCGGAAGACAUGGUAGAGAAAUUAGAAGCAUGGCAUUUUAUCCUAUUUUGUAUCAAAGAAAUACAUUAUUGUUCCUGACAGGUGCAGAAGACACUACUUUAAGAUUGUCAAAACUGUAUAUUACUAAUUAUAGUGAAAUUAUUAAUAUAUAUCGCGAAAAAGAACAUGAUACGGGCAUAGAAAAAAUAUCAUGGUCAAAAAAUGGUUUAUUUUUUUUCUCAUGUGGAGGAGCAGAGGAAUUUGUUGCUUGGAAAUUUUCAAUGAAAGAUUUGAAUCAAGUAAGAAUAAUUUGA